CCUGCCUGCCGCGGCGAAUCGUCGUCUCCUUCCAUGGGGCCGCCGCCGGGGCUCCGAUUCGGGGUCUGAUUCUCCGCCUUCUUCUAUCUCUGCCGCCGGGUCGAUUUGGGAUCCGUCCGAUCGAGAUUGCUCCGUGAAGUUUUUGGUCCUAGGGAUAUUUUUUGAUUCGCCCCGGAUCAGGAAUAGAGGGUUCUUCUCUUCUCUGCUCUGCUCUUUGGUGGGGGUAACGGGGAGAUCUAGGGUUGCCGUCUUCUUCUACCUAUCCAUCCAUCGUUCCUUCCUUCUCUUGUUCUUCAUAUUCCAUCCAUCCAUCCAUCCAUCCAUCCAUCCGUAGAAAAAAACACAAAAAAAAGAGGAGUAUCAGCAGUAGUAGUAGGGGAUUGAUUAUUUUGGAAGAGGCUACCUAUCUCUAUCUAUCCAUGGCGCUGAAUUACCACCCGUCGUGCUCCUUCCUGGCGAGCGACGACUGGUCGGCGGCCAUGAUGCGGGGCUGCGGCUGCUGGUCGGAGGAGGCCUCCCCGCUCUCCUCCAUCGGGGUCAACUCCCUCUGGUGGGACGACUUCGAGGACCUCGACCCCGUCGACCUCCUCCCCACCGACCCCUUCGGGAUGAACUUCGAGACCACGCUCACCGCCGCGCUCGCAACCUGCUCCGAUCUCACCAACCUCCUCAACCAGGCUCUCGCGCUCACCGUCGACCCGCUCCGUGGCGGCGGCGUUGCCUGCGGAGGCCCUUCUGUCGCCGCCUCUGCUCAGAGUCAGAGGCUGCCUCCCCUUGCAGAGCCGAUUGCAUCUCCCCCUGGCGAUGCUGCAUUGAUGUCCCACGACACGGCUGAUGCUGGUGCCGCGCCGCAUGAUGCCAUGGUGUUUGCUCUCCGCUACCUCGGCCUCCGCGACCUCCUGGCGGUGGAGAUGGUGUGCAAGUCCCUGCAUUCCGCUGUCCGCGGCGACGACUCCCUGUGGAAGUGCAUCCACGUGGAGCCGGUCCUCAGCGCCAAGAUAUCUGAUCCCGAUCUUCUGUGCCUCACGCAGAAGAUACCCGGUGUUUUGCAGUGUCUGAAUAUCGACGACUGCAUACAUGUCACCGAUAAGGGUCUGAAUGCUCUUCUUGGAAGUAAUCCCAAGUUAAUGAAGUUGAGCAUUGCGCGCUGCCCGAGGUUAACUUUAGAUGGUCUUAUUGCCAAUCUCAAGUCAUUCAAUAUGAAGGAAAAAUCUGGUAUCAAGAGCCUCAGAAUUGAUAAGAACUUCAAUCUGCCAGAACAGGAUUAUGAGGAGUUAUUAUCCUUGUUGAACAUCGACAAGAUGCAGGAGUUGCACAACCGGGCUCCACGGUUCCGUCAUGCUAACCAUUUUUUAUCAGGUUGCGAAGACGGAUAUGCUCUUGAUAUUGAGAUGUGUCCUAUAUGUCAGAGCUACAAACUUGUUUUUGACUGCCCUGAAGAGGGGUGCAGUGACAGAAGAUCUGGAAAUUGCAGAGCAUGCGAGGUUUGCAUCAAGAGAUGCAGGCAGUGUGGAAGGUGCUUAGAACGGAAUGAGAAGUUUGAAGAGAAAUUUGAUCUGGACUACCUUUGCUACAAGUGUCGAGGGGAUCCAGCUUCAUCUCUUCCUGUGGAGAAGGAUUUGGUCUCCAUUUUAUCCAGUGGAAGAAUACCUUCUCCUUGACCACAGGGGAGACCAGCAGUCGAUUUACAGCCAGUCAGUCAUCUUAGCAUAGCUACUACUGAUGGAAGAAAAGACAAAAAAAAAAAGGUUUGCUUAUCUAUCCAUGGAGGUGUGGUCGCUAACACAUGCUACGUUGCAAGAAAAACAAAAAAAAAAACUUGGUAAAUCCAGCAGAAAAAGGAUGGUGUUCUAUUUAUGGCUUCACCAGCGACAAUAAGUUCAAUAGUGUAAAAGUACAGCGUGAAAAAUUGUGUCAGUGGGUUGCUUGAUGCUGCAGCUUCCUGGGAAGAUCGGAGAUUAACUUACUACUACUUCGCUUCCCACAAAUAAGACCUGGAGUAUAUGUUUUAUAUCUGUAUAUGCGUGAGCGUGACAUUGUAAUAGUUUUUCCUGGAGUCGUGGUGUCAUGUGAGUGGAUAGCUACUUCGAUAUAAAUAAAUUAAUGUGACUUCUAACCAAAAAA